UUCAAUCACCUCCUCCGCAGCGCGACGUCUCGAUCAAAAAUCGACAUGGUCUCCGACGACAUCAAGAUCAAGCCAUUGCAACGGCAGAAGGUAUGCGUGAUCGGAGCCGGGAUGGCCGGGCUGGCGUCGGCCCGCGAGCUGCGGCGGGAGGGCCACGACGUGACGGUUCUGGAGCAGAGCGGCGACGUGGGCGGGCAGUGGCGGUACGACCCGAGGACCGACGGCGACGACCCGCUCGGCGGCGCGGCGGCGCCGGUGAAGGUGCACAGCAGCAUGUACGCGUCCCUCCGCCUCAUCAGCGCGCGGGAGAACAUGGGGUUCACCGACUUCCAGUUCGCGCCCAAGGACGGCCGCGACGGCCGCCGCUUCCCGGGCCACCGCGAAGUGUACCUCUACCUCAAGGACUUCUGCGCCGCGUUCGGGCUCAUGGCGUCCGUCAGGCUCAACACCAGCGUCGUGCGUGUCGCUCUGGCGCCGGGCCCGACGCGGCGAUGGACGGUGAGGUCCGUCGAUCUCGGCAAGUGCCAUGGUGCCGAUGAGGAGGAGGAGGAGGUGUUCGACGCCGUGGUGGUGGCCAACGGCCACUACUCGCAGCCGAGGUUGCCAAGCAUCGAAGGCAUGGAGGCGUGGAGGGGGAGGCAGGUGCGCAGCCACUCGUACAGGGUGGCGGAGCCGUUCCGCGGCGAGGUGGUGGUGGUGGUCGGGUGCGGCGAGAGCGGCAAGGACAUCGCCAUGGAGGUCCGCAGGGUGGCUAAGGAGGUGCACCUCGUCGCCAAGUCCAUGGAGGAGGUGACCCAAGGGCUCGCCAAGGUGCUCUCCAAGUACAGCGCCAGCGUGCAUCUACAACUGCACGUGGAGCGGCUGUGCGAGGAUGGCCGGGUGGUGUUCGGCGACGGCUCCAGUGUCUUUGCCGACACCAUCAUCUACUGCACGGGGUACAACUACACUUUCCCGUUCCUGGAUACAGAGGGAGCGGUUACUGUCGACGACAACCGCGUCGGCCCGCUGUUCGAGCACGUGUUCCCGCCGUCACUGGCCCCGUCGCUCUCCUUCAUCGGUAUACCCAUAAAGGUGUUUGCGCCUUGGUUCUUCGAGGCUCAGGCGAAAUGGGUGGCGCAGGUGCUGUCCGGCAAGAGGACGCUGCCGUCGGAGGAGGAGAUGAUGCGGUCCGUGGAGGAGUAUUACCACGCCAGGGAGAUGGCUGGCGCGCCCAAGAAGUACACCCACGACGUCAGCUUGUUUGACACCACGUAUAUCGAUGAGUUCGGGAGCAAGUACUGCGACUUCCCUGGCGUGGAGAAAUGGCGUUACGAGCUGCUGUUGUCGUCGUUCGUCAACAUGUUGGACAACCUCGAGACCUUUCGCGAUGAGUACAAAGAUAGCGACUCCAUCCGCAACAGUGUGGAGGAGUGGCACUUGUCUGCACAACAGGCCCAAGCUACUGCCGCACCUGCUGCUACGAAAAAACAAUCACAGUGAUCGUUCUAGUCCGCCAAAAAAAGAAGAAGAAGAAGAAGAAGAACCAGCACAGUGAUCGAUCAUGCACCAGACGCGCUUUCCAUUCCAUGAGGACAUGUCGUGUUCCAGGCUGGCUUCCACGUACGGUUGUCAUCGAUAUAUCUAUUUCGUUUUCAUAGACGGUGUCACAGACUGCUUAUAUAAGUGCAUUUGUGUGAUUUUGUAGUAAAUUAAGUUGUAUGCGCAUCCCACGUUUUCAAAUGAACAAAUCCGCAACUGUUAAA